GUUGACAGGACAGCGAUAGAGAGGAAGAAGAGGAAGCAGAAAUGGCGGCAACAAUCAACGGCGUCGGUGUUGGGCUAGGGCUUCGAUUUUAUUCAAAGCUUGCAAAACGAGUCCCUUCUCGGUCCUCUAGUUUUCGUGUGAAUAUGGCGGUCUCAGUUGGAGACCAGAAAAAGACUUUCUCUCUUGAAAAAUCGGAAGAAGCUUUCAAUGCCGCCAAGAAUUUGAUGCCUGGAGGUGUGAAUUCCCCUGUCCGUGCAUUUAAAUCUGUUGGUGGACAACCAAUUGUGAUGGAUUCUGUCAAGGGCUCUUACAUGUGGGACAUAGAUGGGAACAAGUAUAUCGACUAUGUUGGCUCUUGGGGACCAGCAAUAAUUGGUCAUGCAGAUGACGAGGUGCUUGCAGCCCUGGCUGAAACAAUGAAAAAAGGAACCAGUUUUGGUGCACCUUGUCUUCUAGAGAAUACUCUGGCAGAGAUGGUAAUCUCAGCUGUCCCAAGCAUUGAAAUGGUUCGUUUUGUAAACUCUGGUACAGAAGCAUGCAUGGGUGUGCUCCGUUUGGCCCGUGCUUUCACUGGCCGUGAGAAAAUCAUCAAGUUUGAGGGUUGUUACCAUGGCCAUGCUGAUCCAUUCCUUGUCAAAGCAGGUAGUGGGGUUGCCACCCUUGGUCUACCUGACUCCCCUGGUGUCCCCAGGGCAGCGACCUUUGAAACUUUGACUGCCCCAUUCAAUGAUCUUGCAGCUGUUGAAAAAAUCUUUGAAUCUAACAAAGGAGAGCUUGCUGCAGUUAUUCUUGAACCUGUUGUUGGAAACUCUGGUUUCAUUGCUCCUAAACCUGACUUUCUUGAGGCUUUACGACAGAUCACUAAGGAAAAUGGUGCUCUCCUUGUCUUUGAUGAAGUGAUGACUGGAUUUCGUUUGUCUUACGGUGGGGCUCAAGAGUAUUUUGGUAUUACUCCUGAUUUAACAACUCUAGGAAAGAUCAUUGGUGGGGGCCUGCCAGUUGGUGCAUAUGGAGGAAGGAGGGAGAUUAUGGAAAUGGUGGCACCAGCAGGACCAAUGUACCAGGCUGGGACCUUGAGUGGGAACCCACUGGCAAUGACAGCUGGGAUACACACUCUUAAGCGGUUGCAGUCACCAGGAGCUUAUGAAUAUCUGAAUAAGAUCACUGGUGAACUUGUUGAAGGCAUUAUAAAUGCUGGAAAGAAAACUGGACAUGCAAUUUGUGGUGGGUAUAUCAGUGGGAUGUUUGGCUUUUUCUUCACAGAAGGCCCUGUUUAUAACUUUGAUGAUGCAAAGAAGAGUGAUACUGCAAAGUUUGCAAGGUUUUUUAGGGGAAUGUUGGAGGAAGGUGUUUACUUUGCACCUUCACAGUUUGAGGCUGGAUUUACCAGUUUGGCGCAUUCUUCUGAAGAUAUCCAAAAUACAAUUGCAGCAGCUGAAAAGGUUCUAAGGGAAAUUUAGAUUGUGCAUGCUGUAUCUCUACUUUCCUUCUCCCCUCCCCCCCCUCUCUCUUCUUUCUUUCUUUCUGUUCUCUUGCAACAUUACCAUUUUGCAUGUUAAUUGGCGGCUGCUUUGUAGUCAGUUCUUCUGAGUUUCUGUAUUAGAAUGUGCUAUUUAGUUGUGAAGAAAAAACUAUGUUGUUUAUCACACCAUUCAAGUUCAUUAUCUUCUAAUAAAGUCUGCUUGUUAUC